AUGGAAGCUAUGUUUUCAUGUGGCAGAGUUGCAUUUGCAAUCAUAGCAAUAUUAUGCUGCUUCACUUCCCCUGCAAUUGCAUGCCCCUUCCCUGAAAGAAAUCUUCUCCUGGAUUUCAAGGCAGCCGUUGUAGAUGAGUAUAACAUUCUCAGUUCCUGGCACGGAUUCAAUUGCUGCACGUGGAGAGGAGUCAGUUGUAAUCUCCGCACAGGCCAUGUUUCUCGACUGGAUCUGAGUGGAUACUAUAUGGAAGGUAACAUCAGUUCAUCGCUGUUCCAACUUGCACAGUUGGAGCACCUCGAUCUCAGUUACAACUCCUUCAAGGGUAAAUUCAGUCCUCCCCAUAAUCGAAAGUUGAAGACUCUCACUUUUCUUGACUUGUCAUUUGCUGGUUAUAUAAAUUAUUCCUCUCUGGAUUCUGUACUGGAAUUUUAUGUGAGUUUGGAAAGCUUAUCAAAUCUGGUGAGCUUGGAAUACCUCUCUCUUGCUGCAGUGAACAUCUCUGAAAGCAAAGAGUGGGGUGAAGCUGUUGGCAGUCUACCCAACCUUCAAAAACUCCACAUGUCUGACUGUGAGCUUGGAGGACCAAUUCCCAAUUCCCUUCUCAACCUCACCUCUCUCCUUCACCUCGAUCUCUCAGAGAACUAUUUGUCAGCACAAAUACCAGCUUGGUUUGAAAAUAUGACUGCCCACUUGCUCUCACUUGAUCUCUCUUGGAAUGAUAAUCUUGGAGGAGACAUUUCUUUCAUUGGACAACGAGAGUCUUCUUUGUCACUAACAAGCAUUGAUCUUUCAGGGACAGCCAUGAAGGGCCGAAUUCCAUCUGCUGUAGGAAAUAUCUCAUGCUUGGAGCAUCUUCAUCUGAGAGAAAGUAGAAUUGAAGGUGAGAUUCCAGCUGCUGUAGGGAAUUUGUUGUCCUUGCAAACUCUUGAUCUGUCAGAUACCAGAAUCGAAGGUGAGAUUCCAGCUGCUGUAGGGAAUUUGUUGUCCUUGCAAACUCUUGAUCUGUCAGAUACCAGAAUCGAAGGUGAGAUUCCAGCUGCUGUAGGGAAUUUGUUGUCCUUGCAAACUCUUGAUCUGUCAGAUAGCAGAAUCGAAGGUGAGAUUCCAGCUGCUGUAGGGAAUUUGUUGUCCUUGCAAACUCUUGAUCUGUCAGAUACCAGAAUUGAAGGUAAGAUUCCACCUGCUAUAGGGAAUUUGUCGUCCUUGCAAAUUCUUGAUCUGUCAGAUACCAGAAUUGAAGGUGAGAUUCCAGCUGCUAUAGGGAAUGUGUCGUCCUUGAAGAGUCUUGACCUGUCGAAUACCAGAAUUGAAGGUGAGAUUCCUCUCUCCAUAGUCAAUCUCUCUAAACUUGUUUCUUUGGAGCUGUCCUACAACAAGUUAACUGGGGUAAUCCCACCUUCAUUGGACUCACUUUCUUCCCUUGUUAGUCUUCACCUUUAUGCCAACGAACUGAAUGGUACGAUUCCAUCUACAAUUUCAAAUCUUGUUCACUUAAGAAGCCUUUGGCUCGACUCCAAUAGUUUAAGGGGCCUCAUUUCCCUUUCCGUAUUCGAUAAUCUCACUAGACUUAAUGACCUGUAUCUUUCUGCCAAUCACUUAACUGUAAACAUUGAUUCAACAUGGAUUCCGCGGUUUAAGCUUUCCUACUUGGCAUUAGGCUCUUGCAAUUUAGAUAGAAUUCCAUCGUUUCUUGUGACCCAAUAUGACUUGGAAUAUCUAGACCUAUCCUCUAAUAGUAUCCCAACAAAUAUUCCAUCCUGGAUAUGGAACUUACCCAGCCUUUAUGAUUUGAACCUUAGCUGUAAUCAAUUAACAGGAUCAUUGUCAUCUAGACUAACCUUACCCAAGUAUUUUGACUCUCUAGAUUUGCACAAUAACAGCUUACAAGGUGCUCUUCUUCUUCGUAAUGCUCGUGCUGCUCUACUGGAUCUGUCGAUGAAUCAGUUUAAUGGUUCUAUUCCUACUGACAUUGGUGCGUAUCUUCAAAAUACAAGGUUCUUAUCCUUGUCGCGGAAUAAUCUCAGCGGGGCGAUUCCAGGUUCUAUUUGCACUUCAUAUUUGGAGGUUCUUGACCUUUCAAAUAAUACGCUGAGCAGUGUCAUUCCUCCUCAUUUAACCAGGAAUUGUUCUUCUCUAAGUGUUUUAGAUCUGGCGGAAAAUCAUCUGGAAGGUAAAAUGCCAGCAGAAUGGGGCAACAUUACAAAGAUUCAUACGUUGAAGCUCAAUGGUAAUCAUUUGAGAGGAGUUAUUCCCUCGUCCAUUUCAGAAGGCCGAUCUCUGCAAGUAUUGGAUUUGGGAAAUAAUGAUUUGGAAGGCACCCUUCCCCAGUGGAUUGGAAAGCUAUCACAGCUGCAUGUGUUGGUCUUAAGGUCUAAUCAUUUUCAUGGCAGUAUCCCACGCCAGGUAAUUGGCCUUCCGAAUCUUCAAAUUCUGGAUCUUUCUGGCAACCACCUUUCAGGAGCUAUUCCAAGCAACCUUACAAACCUGCUUGCAAUGGUCAAUGCAUCGCAGAAUAAUUCAAACCAUCUCGAAGAAUACAGUUCAACUGGUGCUACGUACACAAAUCAGAUUACAAUUUCCUGGAAAGGUUGGGAUGUUGAGUUUGUUAAAGUUCUUUUCAUUCUUAAAUGUAUUGAUCUUUCAAACAACAACUUAUCUGGGAGCAUUCCUCCCGAAAUGGGAUCUCUUCAAGGCUUGAUAGCCCUUAACCUUUCAAGGAAUCAUCUCAGUGGCCGAAUCCCAAAAACAAUGGGACGCAUGGAUCAGCUAGAGUCUUUGGACCUCUCGUUAAACAGGCUGAAUGGCAACAUUCCAUUAGAACUUCAGUUGCUGAGUUAUUUGCAGUUCUUGAAUCUGUCUUACAAUAUGCUUGAUGGAAAAGUACCCCGCGGGGGGCAGUUUCUAACGUUUGUGGAGUCGUCCUACUUAGGCAAUCCUAAGCUAAGUGGGAUUCCAUUUUCCAAUGUAACUGUCUGCAACAACUCUUCUGGCUUUGACAACUGCACAAGUAUUGAGAGAAAUGGUGAAGCAGAGAAUUCAGAUGGUGAAAUGAUAGGAUGGGCAGUGGGACUUGGAUUGAGUUAUGGUUUGGGAUUCUCUAUUGUGAUUGGAAUAUUGACUUUCAAUAAGAGUGUGAAAAAUAGAGCCUUCAAUUUGUAUGAUGUUGUAAUUUUAGCUGUUGAUCGGCGUAUAAGAGGGAAUAGAUGA